CACGGCUAUACUCUUCUUUAGCACCAAAACUUAUUUCAGUAGUGAGAUAGACGAUCGUGCGUGUGGAUAGGUUCGAGUUUGUUUUGUCUCAGAUCGAUUCUUGAAGAUUGCUUCCAAUUGGAAGAUUUUAAUUCUUAAGUGUUUUGUGUUGCUUGCUCCCUUUACACCCCCUGGAAUAAUAAUAAUAAAACAUUUCGAUUGUGGUUCAUUACAUGCGUCAUAUCGUUCGUUAUUCAUGACACAUAGUGAAGCGGGAAAAAGAGAGAAAGACUCUUACUGCCUCAAUUAAAUGUGAUAAUAAUUAUAAACCGCAAAUGAUAUAUGACAUAUACAGUGAGUUUUAUAAUAGCUACAUAAUUCUAUCGUGCAUUUUGUAAACUCGUAAUUAAUAAGUUUUGUGUGCCACGCGCCACGCGCCAUCACCAUACCGCACCGGUCGGUCGGUCGGGUGUUACACAAUUCAAUUUAGUGCAGGAUAAGCACUCUUAACGCCCGCCAGCGGAACCGGAUCCGGGGCCAUAUGUGCAACCGCAUCAUCAUCACCAUCGUCGUCGUCGUAGUCAGCAUCAUCAACAACAUCAUCAUCAUCUAGCCGCUAGACCUAUACACAACAUAAAAUCAAAAUUAUAAUAAUAUAUUAGCCAGCAUUUUAUUAUAAAUUAUUUUUUUGUUUGUGUUCCCGUGUCCUUUUUGUUGUUGUUGGUUUGGUAAAAAGUUUAAAAUUAAAUUUCGAUUACCAUGGAUACGAAAACUGCAAACAGGACAAAAUGGAAUUUAUUUGGGAUUACAAUUGCGGCAAUGGUGUUUGCAGCUGUGGUCAAGCCAGCAACAAGUCAGAAUUCAUUAUUGAACACACCUCCUGUUAUGUACGUGGAUCGGAACUGGCGUAUAUCGGAGACCGAGGAGGUUGGCUCGGUAAUAGCGAGGGUGCGGGCCGAUGACGCUGAGCAUGAUUUGCUGCAAUUCGACCUGGAGCCAAAUUUCCAUGACAACUAUGCUAAUCCAAGCCAGCCCGGAACAACUGUCAGUGAUGGAUUACCAUUCCGGAUCGAUCCCCACACCGGUGUUGUUUACCUGAACGAAAGUCUUGCAGGACGAGGUGGCCAAAACUUCUUCCUCUACAUCACUGUUUCGGACGGGCAAUUAACGGCUAAGAACGAAGUUUACGUCAAUAUUUACGCUCGAAACGAUAACAAAAUCUACAGUUCACAUCCACCAUCAAUUUCACAAGCUGCCCGGAAUAUAUCCCAGUUCCUGCCGCCGUUUCACAUGCUACCGGGUGUGCAAUCGUUUAGGGAUCAGACAGGCGUAAGGUUUCCCUCGAACAACCUCCCUCCUGGUUUCGGAGGGAAUAAUAUUUACCAAACGGGUCCCCAAUACCCCGGUACGAAUGUGAACCAUCAUCAUCAACAACAACAACAACAACAUGGAAAUCAACAAGGUCCUACAACAACCGUCAGCAAGGAAUCUGAUGACGAGGGUCCGGAAUCUGUUCCGGAUUCAACGCCUCCGUCAAGUCACACGGACUCGAGCACGACGCGAACUAAGUUGACGCCAGUUGGUAGUGGCAGCAAUUCAAAGACGAAUAGCAGCCAUGGAAGUACUGAUGACGGACAGUCGUCUGCGUCACCAUCAGCAUCAUCGAAAAAGGACGCACCCAAGAAUGGACAGAAUGACAGAAACUCAGAGCACGACGAUUAUGAUGGGUUGUUGGUGUCAACGUCCUCAUCCGCCUCGAAUGCCAUUAAAGCCAUAAUCCCACUCGUAAUCACAGUUUGCGGAAUGUUUGUGGCAGCUGGGCUCAUCGUCGUAUUUAUCUAUCGGAAGCGUCUGUGCGCCAUUAGUAAAACUCUAAAGAAGAAGAGCAAAGCGGAAAUGGCCAAAAAGUCGAAUCAAAGUAAUUUGAGCAGCAAUCUGACUGAUGACAGUCGAAAUUCAAUGGUCCUUCAGCAUUGGAAUGGUCCGACGGCAUUUGGAAAUAGAUACGUGCCCUGGGAGAGGGAUCAGCAGCAGCUACAACAAAUGGGCAUGGCAACAUCGCAGCUAUCAACAAGUGCAACAGGAGGUGUCGCUGGUGGUGCUGGUGGUUGUUCGCCCAACGACAUUGGAACUGGAUCUGGAGGUCCUGGCAAUGUUGGUGGAGUUGCUGGUGCUGGAGUAACCGGAAAGGAUGGCUCUGCAGGCGAUCGAUGGGAAUUCCCAAGGCAUCGAUUGAAGUUCUUCAAUAUAUUGGGCGAGGGAGCCUUCGGGCAGGUAUGGCGUUGUGAGGCCACAGAUAUUGAUGGCUCGGUGAUAGCGAGGGUGCGGGCCGAUGACGCUGAGCAUGAUUUGCUGCAAUUCGACCUGGAGCCAAAUUUCCAUGACAACUAUGCUAAUCCAAGCCAGCCCGGAACAACUGUCAGUGAUGGAUUACCAUUCCGGAUCGAUCCCCACACUGGUGUUGUUUACCUGAACGAAAGUCUUGCAGGACGAGGUGGCCAAAACUUCUUCCUCUACAUCACUGUUUCGGACGGGCAAUUAACGGCUAAGAACGAAGUUUACGUCAAUAUUUACGCUCGAAACGAUAACAAAAUCUACAGUUCACAUCCGCCAUCAAUUUCACAAGCUGCCCGGAAUAUAUCCCAGUUCCUGCCGCCGUUUCACAUGCUACCGGGUGUGCAAUCGUUUAGGGAGCAGACAGGCGUAAGGUUUCCCUCGAACAACCUCCCUCCUGGUUUCGGAGGGAAUAAUAUUUACCAAACGGGUCCCCAAUACCCCGGUACGAAUGUGAACCAUCAUCAUCAACAACAACAACAACAACAUGGAAAUCAACAAGGUCCUACAACAACCGUCAGCAAGGAAUCUGAUGACGAGGGUCCGGAAUCUGUUCCGGAUUCAACGCCUCCGUCAAGUCACACGGACUCGAGCACGACGCGAACUAAGUUGACGCCAGUUGGUAGUGGCAGCAAUUCAAAGACGAAUAGCAGCCAUGGAAGUACUGAUGACGGACAGUCGUCUGCGUCACCAUCAGCAUCAUCGAAAAAGGACGCACCCAAGAAUGGACAGAAUGACAGAAACUCAGAGCACGACGAUUAUGAUGGGUUGUUGGUGUCAACGUCCUCAUCCGCCUCGAAUGCCAUUAAAGCCAUAAUCCCACUCGUAAUCACAGUUUGCGGAAUGUUUGUGGCAGCUGGGCUCAUCGUCGUAUUUAUCUAUCGGAAGCGUCUGUGCGCCAUUAGUAAAACUCUAAAGAAGAAGAGCAAAGCGGAAAUGGCCAAAAAGUCGAAUCAAAGUAAUUUGAGCAGCAAUCUGACUGAUGACAGUCGAAAUUCAAUGGUCCUUCAGCAUUGGAAUGGUCCGACGGCAUUUGGAAAUAGAUACGUGCCCUGGGAGAGGGAUCAGCAGCAGCUACAACAAAUGGGCAUGGCAACAUCGCAGCUAUCAACAAGUGCAACAGGAGGUGUCGCUGGUGGUGCUGGUGGUUGUUCGCCCAACGACAUUGGAACUGGAUCUGGAGGUCCUGGCAAUGUUGGUGGAGUUGCUGGUGCUGGAGUAACCGGAAAGGAUGGCUCUGCAGGCGAUCGAUGGGAAUUCCCAAGGCAUCGAUUGAAGUUCUUCAAUAUAUUGGGCGAGGGAGCCUUCGGGCAGGUAUGGCGUUGUGAGGCCACAGAUAUUGAUGGCAAUGAUGGUGUCACAACAGUUGCUGUAAAAACUCUCAAAGAAAAUGCUGCUGAAAUUGAAAAACACGAUCUAGUAUCUGAACUUCAUGUUAUGAAGUCACUGGAGCCCCAUAUAAAUGUUGUACGCCUUUUGGGCUGCUGUACUGAUAAGGAUCCAAUUUUCGUGAUAAUCGAAUAUGUAAAUCGAGGAAAACUUCAAACGUACUUGCGGAACUCGCGUGCAGAAAGACAUUAUGGCAACACACACGGAAAAUCGAAUAUCCUGACGUCGGGCGAUUUAACAUCAUUCAUGUAUCAGGUUGCCAAGGGUAUGGAUUACCUAACAUCCCGUGGGAUAAUCCAUCGAGAUUUGGCAGCAAGAAAUAUUCUCAUAACCGAUGAUAAUACUUGCAAAGUUGCAGACUUCGGUUUUGCUCGUGAUAUUGUUACGUCGAAGGUUUAUGAAAGAAAAAGUGAAGGAAAACUUCCAAUAAGAUGGAUGGCUAUCGAAUCACUCUACGAUAAUAUAUUCUCAGUAAAAUCGGACAUUUGGAGCUUCGGAAUACUAAUGUGGGAAAUCGUAACAUUGGGCUCAACACCAUAUCCGGGGAUAUCAGCUGCAGAUGUUAUGCGAAAGGUGAGGGAUGGCUAUCGAUUAGAGAAACCAGAGCAUUGUCGCCGGGAAUUGUAUAACAUCAUGUACUAUUGUUGGGCGCAGGACGCCAUUGAACGACCAACAUUCUCCGAAAUAGUACAAAUGCUCGAUAAACUUUUACACACGGAAAUGGACUACAUUGAACUAGAACGAUUUCCUGAUCACAACUACUACAAUAUACUCAAUUUAAGUGGUGAGAAGUUGUAAUGCUGCUUGCUGCUCUACACUAAACUACCGCUGCCUGCUGCUGCUACUCCUCUGCACCUCUACUCAGCCCUGUUCACUGUUCAGUAGUGUUCACUUAUUUACAAAGAAGGACGAAAGGACGAAUUGAAUGGAAUUCACACGAAAAGGGAUUACUUUUACAAAUAUACGGAUACGAAACAACGGUAACUGUGGAAUGGGGAUAUCCCUGUUCGACAUUCGUGUAUCGUAUGUGAGAAAAGACUUCGAUGUCCUUAAUACUUAUUGUUUUCAGUAAUUUAUUUUUUUAUUUUAUUUUCGUUUGUUAAAUAUUAGUUCUUAUUUUCUUUAAAAAAAAAUGUUUUGUUCGAAUUAAAAAAGAAAAAUUGAAGGUGUUUUUAUUUUGUAAGAAAAAAUGAAGACUUAGUUUAUAGUGAUUUUGAUAAUUAUUUAUUUUGUUUUAAAAUAUAACCUUAAAUGUUGAUGUAAAAUGAAAAGAAAUAAAAUAUUAUUAAGUUAA